GUUCUCUUUAUUAGAACUUGGAUAUUAAAACUAAUGUAAAGAUUAACUUCACUCUGGAUUCUUAAUUCCAAUGUCUAAUGUAGCUGAGUGUCACUUAUUUGGUGAAUUCUUGCUUCCAUGUUGUGUUGUCAUUAGUAGUAUUUCCCCCCCCUUUUUCUCCCUUGUUUUCCAGGAGCCAUGGCAAUGACGGGUCCAACACCCUGUUCAUCAAUGAGUAACCACACCAAAGAGCGAGUUACAAUGACAAAAGUGACAUUAGAAAACUUCUAUAGCAAUCUGAUAGCACAACAUGAAGAACGGGAAAUGAGACAGAAGAAGCUAGAAAAAGUGAUGGAAGAGGAAGGUUUAAAAGAUGAAGAGAAGAGAAUCAGGAGGUCAGCACAUGCCCGAAAGGAAACAGAAUUUCUUCGCUUAAAGAGAACAAGACUUGGUUUGGAAGAUUUUGAGUCCUUAAAAGUAAUAGGCAGAGGGGCAUUUGGAGAGGUGCGGCUUGUCCAGAAGAAGGACACAGGGCACGUAUAUGCGAUGAAAAUACUACGCAAAGCUGACAUGCUUGAAAAAGAGCAGGUUGGCCAUAUUCGUGCAGAGCGGGACAUUCUAGUGGAGGCGGACAGCUUGUGGGUUGUGAAAAUGUUCUAUAGUUUUCAAGAUAAGUUAAACCUCUACCUUAUUAUGGAGUUCCUGCCUGGAGGCGAUAUGAUGACUCUGCUGAUGAAAAAAGACACGCUAACAGAAGAAGAGACCCAGUUUUAUAUAGCGGAGACUGUGCUAGCCAUUGAUUCCAUUCACCAGCUGGGGUUUAUCCACCGGGAUAUCAAGCCAGAUAACCUUCUCUUGGACAGUAAGGGCCACGUGAAACUGUCCGACUUUGGUCUCUGCACUGGGCUAAAGAAGGCUCACCGAACGGAGUUCUACAGAAACUUGAACCACAGUCUUCCUAGCGACUUCACUUUCCAGAACAUGAAUUCCAAAAGGAAAGCAGAAACGUGGAAGAGAAACAGACGUCAGCUGGCCUUUUCCACUGUGGGAACUCCAGACUACAUCGCGCCUGAAGUCUUCAUGCAGACGGGUUACAACAAGCUCUGUGACUGGUGGUCGCUUGGGGUCAUCAUGUACGAGAUGCUGAUCGGUUAUCCCCCUUUCUGUUCUGAGACCCCUCAAGAAACGUAUAAGAAAGUGAUGAACUGGAAAGAGACUCUGACAUUCCCCCCCGAAGUCCCAGUCUCUGAGAAAGCAAAGGAUCUUAUUCUAAGAUUUUGCUGUGAAUGGGAGCACAGAAUCGGUGCACCUGGUGUUGAAGAAAUCAAGGGUAACCCUUUCUUUGAAGAGGUCGACUGGGAGCACAUCAGAGAGAGACCUGCUGCAAUAUCAAUAGAAAUUAAAAGCAUUGAUGACACCUCCAACUUUGACGAAUUCCCCGAAUCGGAUAUCCUGAAACCAACAGUGGCCACAAGUAACCAUCCAGAGAGUGACUACAAGAACAAAGACUGGGUCUUUAUCAAUUAUACCUACAAACGAUUCGAGGGGCUGACGGCCCGAGGGGCGAUACCAUCGUACAUGAAAGCAGGGAAGUAGAGCCCUGGAACUCUUUCUGAGCCUUGGAGCAUGCUUCUCUGUACUGGGAUUAUGCCCUUUCCUGAGGGCUAUGAACUCUGAAGAGUUCUCCAGGACCCCGUAUAUUACACACCAUUGUUAUUUACUUGGAUUUGUUUCUUCUGCUCCACUGAAAACAUCCACGAACUCUCCUGUCACCUCUGAUGCAGGCGGAUAUUUUUUCCUGCUUCGGGAGCAAGUCCGUCUCUUUCACAUUCAGUUCCUUGCCGGAUGGUCCAGUCCAUUAGAGCAGGAGGCGAGAGAGAAGAAAGCCUUUACUUUCUAACAUCCCAAAGCACCUGGUAUUUACAGACUAGUUCACCAGUCCAGGGUUGAGCGAUCUACUCAAUCUGCCAGGGCUGCCAGCACUGUUUUCCUAAUGCUAAGAACUAUAGCACAGGAAAUAAAGCAAUAAUUAAAGCUUGAGAGGCACAAAACUGUCCAGUAACUUAUCUAGUAGAAAAACAAAACGUGUAUUGCCUUAAGUGUAGGUUUGUAGUGCUAUUUUUUUACAAUGCUACUCAAAAACCUUGUGAAGAGCAUUUUUCAGCUCAAUCGGUAGCCUCCAGCUGUCGUGCACUUUACUUUUGGUACUAAGAUGAUGACCCUCAAGCCAUUAAAUAUUUUUCUACAUUAAAAAAAAAGUGGUGUAGCACUUUGUGCUUUUCCUGAGAAGUGACAAGAGAAACAGGCCACUCCUGGUGGAACUUGCUCCAUGGACGUGAACAACAUUCAAGUGUUGUGGCGAAGAACCUCCGCGCAGACCAGUGGCUGUUGUCGAGGAGUAGAAACCUAGCCGAUAACAGGAGCCAGCCUGGAAAAGGAGGGGGGUGGCGGUGGUCUUGGAGGAGUUGGGGAGGGAAAUCCAUUUGCUCUGGGGAUGAGCAUCCUGAGUAUAACGGGGCAGGACAUGGGGUUUUCUGUACUUGCUGCUGUCAUCUCAUGGUCACUUCUAACAGCUACGGGCUUCGAUCAGCUUCAGAGACGCUGCUGCUGACUUGCUGAUGGUGUGCAGUAGCGUCAAGCAGCAAGUUAUGGCAAUGGUGUCAAAUUCUGUCUAGGGCUCCUCUGCUGAUCCUGACAGUGGCCUAAGUAGUUCCAAGUCCCUCUCCACGGCAUGGCUAAGACACGGCGUGCACUCAGCAUCUGGGACGUAGGUCCUGCCAUGUCUCUGACUGUUGCCUGAUGUAGUUAAUGAAAGCAUGUUCCCAUGUAAUUAGGAUGCACGAGAGCCCCAAAGUGCCUUCCCUUGUCCAAAUGUCUCUGAGCUAUUGAACUGGGUCAGACUAAUUUGGAGGAUUCUUUUUCAUGUGCAGGAACGCCAUUUAGUUAGCUAAAAAAGAGGUGCAAUCGAUGUGUUCCUAGCAGCACGCGAAAGGAACAGCCCCAGCCCCACCUGGUGCCAGUCUUCAGUGUUUUUGUAACCAGCGCAUAUCAGUCUGACCAGUGUAAGGGCCUGCUACUCGACACUGAUGUUGCUGAACAUGGAAAACAACUGUUUGGAAAAGUGAGAUCAGUGUCUCCAGGUGACCUGGGAGUGUCAUGGAAUCGCAUGUUGAAUGGCUGCACUAGGGAAUGAUCCACUGAUUGUCUUAGACGGAGGGGUCACAGAGUAAAGAUCGAAUGAAAGUUUGAUGCGAGCACAUGUAUUAUACCUAAUGGGUUAAGUAAGCUUGUUAGUGACAACUUGGUAACACACUGUCUCUCAGUAAGUGCUGGAGCUAUUAAUGACUGUCCAGAAACCACAGUCUGUGCUGUUGUAUUUCUGCGUGGUAGGAACUGGUUCAGUGCAUUGCUGUAAGCAAUGUGUAAAUACUAAAUUCUGCCACUCAGUCCUUCAUUUGAGAGUAGUUUUUUACUCUGACAACAAUGAUCUUUGGACAUGGGGGAUUAUUCAUAGGACGACUUAUGCAAAAUAAAAUAAUAGAUAUCUAUCAGUUAGGGUCUUUAUUUGCCAGUCAGCAAAGCAUCCUUUAAUACUGCUUAUAAAAUGUUUUGAUGUGGUAGGAUAGCUCUGUCCCUCCCCCAUUUGAAAAUGUUGCCUUAUAAACUGUUCUUGGGAAAUUAGGAGCUCUUGGCACUUUUAACUAUUGAAAAGUGUUUUGCAAUUCCUGACAGAUAUCCAGCUCAUUUGCUUCCUUAAAUCGUGAUGAUAGACGAGAACCCCUCAAACUCUCGGUGUUGGAACAAGGGUUUUUGAGAUGGCUAGCUGGCAGCUGCCUGAUGCGCCGGUUGUAGGCGGAAGGGAUGGUGUUUGUACAAAUACCGAGGAGAGAGCUGCAUGGGUGCAGCAGGGCGCUCGGACAGCGUAUCUACAAGACUGGAACACUGGUGCACGUUUGAUUUCUGAAGUGACCCUCGCUUGGGCGCUGCCCAGCGUAGUCCUUGAGUGGAAGGGCGGAGAUCUUCCAAGGCACAAGUGCCUUAGGCCACCUCUACAUGGCCACUUCCCACCCAGGGGAUGUGAACCCUUCCCCUCCCCCAACUGCAGCAAGUUCCCGCGCUGACGUGCCUGUGGAAACGGGCUCCCCGGGCUGGAGGCGGCUCACACGGUGCUGGAAUGGACUGACUGAGCCGUAGGCGCCUAGCUUCUGUCAAUGGUCAGCGACUUUGAAAUCUCCCCCAAGUGUCAACUGUGGCAAUUUUCCCUUUACAACAAUGGCAUCACAGCCGUGCCCUUUGUGCCGGGCGUUGUUAGCAGCAGUAGGAAAAGAGCAGCCUCUGCUAGCAGAGUCAGAGCCUUGUCCUUGUGCGGCUAGAGAAAACGUGUCUGGCGUUAGCAAGUGAGCAGCCUGGGCGUGUUCUCGCGAGCUGAGAAAUGGCGGCAGGCGGUGGCGAUGCCCUGGGCCUUUGUGUAAAGCUGUGAGCACAUGAGGGUUGCCAAGGAGCAGGCCUGGUACUUUCCCAGCUAGACCUGCAGGAGAAGGACUUGCACUGUAAAAUGGCCUAUUGCGUGUGACUGUUCUGUGAUGCUGCUGGCGCCUCUCUCCCAGUGUCACUUAUCACUGUGUCCCAACUCUGCCUUAAAGUCCCUGUGGAAAAGCUGCUGUGAAGGUGCACGGCCGUGCACCGCAUUGUAGCGGGUGGCAGGCGUGCGCUGUCCAGGGCUGGGGUCUCAGCAGGGGGAAACGCAACGUCCGUGUUUCUGUGGGAUGAUGUUGACGUUCUGCUGAGCUGUGUAAAUAAAUCCUCUUCAGGCAA